AUGGCAGGAGGUGUGCGGAGAAAGUCUUCGGGUUCCCAGUCCGCUUUGUGGGGGAAACUUCACACAGUGUGGCAGGACAAAUAUUUGGUUCUGUUCAAGACGGAGUACACGUUACUGGUCGUUUCAGUGUUGUGGUUCCUGGAGAUCGGAAUCAAUGUGUGGGUCAUACAAAAAGUAGCGUACACUGAAAUAGACUGGAAAGCCUACAUGGAUGAAGUAGAGGGAGUUAUCAAUGGUACUUAUGACUACACCCAGCUUAAAGGAGACACGGGCCCCUUGGUGUACCCGGCUGGCUUUGUCUACAUCUUCACAGCUCUCUACUACAUCACCAGCCAUGGGGUGAACAUUCGCCUGGGCCAGUACAUUUUUGCUGUUUUCUACCUCAUCACACUCUUGCUUGUCUUCAGAAUAUACUACCGCACCAAGAAGGUUCCUCCCUACGUGUUCUUCUUCAUGUGUUGUGCUUCCUAUCGAAUCCACUCAAUCUUUGUGCUGCGUCUUUUCAAUGACCCAGUGGCUAUGAUGCUCCUCUUUGUAGCCGUCAACCUCUUCAUAGAUGGAUACUGGACACUGGGCUGUGGCUUUUAUAGUUUAGCAGUGUCUGUCAAAAUGAACGUGCUUCUUUUUGCUCCCGGGCUGCUUUUUCUCCUCCUCUCAGAGUUUGGUCUGAUCAGAACAAUCCCAAAACUUUCUCUGUGUGCAGGCAUACAGCUUUUGCUGGGCCUCCCGUUCCUCCUGGAGAAUCCCGUUGGUUACAUGAGCCGGGCGUUUGAUCUCGGCCGUCAGUUUAUGUUCAAGUGGACAGUCAACUGGCGCUUCCUGCCAGAAUGGCUCUUCUUGAAUCGCUACUUCCACUUACUCCUGCUGGCUGCCCACCUGCUCACCCUGUUGCUCUUUGCUUUCUGCCAUUGGAAGAGGCCAAGGGAAAGCAUCUUGGAACUCCUCAAGGAACCGGGCAAGAGGAAGGUCCCUGCUCAGAAAAACACUGUUAAUCAGAUGGUGCUGAUUCUUUUCACCUCUAACUUCAUUGGGAUGUGCUUCAGUCGUUCUUUGCACUACCAGUUCUACGUGUGGUACUUCCACACGCUGCCUUACCUGCUCUGGAGUGGAGGAGUCAAGAAGCUGGCUCACCUGCUCAGGGUCCUAAUCCUGGGUCUGAUCGAGCUUUCCCCCUCCCCCCCUACUAACGGCAGCUCAGCUGCGCUACACAUCUGCCACGCCAUCAUCCUCCUCUGUCUGUGGCUGGCUCCGCCGCUGCCUUCAGCUCCAGCAGAAACACAAGAACAGACAGCUGUCAAGGACAAACGCCAAUGAGCCGCAGCCUGAUCGGACCGGAUGUCUUAUUCAGCCUAAUCAGCUGCCGAACAGCCUCCAUCAUCCUCCUCUCUUAAAUGUUUGCAACACCGGUGAAGAGGGAGGUCACUGGGUUUGCCUGUUUAUACCUGAAUUAAAGGAGUCUUUCUCAUCUUGGCUCACCGCUUAAAGUGAAGGAGGCUAAUGUGUGGGUGCAGUCUGCAGACAGAUACCUACAUGAUGAAAUGGCAUGUAAUCUCUUAUAAGAAGAGAAAAAUAUGGAUUCUCAGGUUUCAUUUUCAAAUACGUAAUCAGAGGAACGCUUGGAAGAAAUUGUAAAGAAUGUUACGUAGGUUGUAUUUCAACUUAAACUUAAUGUUAAACGUACAUUUUGGCCUUAACAGCUGUCAGCUGGUGUAUGAAUUAAAUACUGCAUUGUAUCAAGACUGCAGUAUAAUGAAUCUGCCAUCAGUUUGUGGCAUCACCACUGCUGUUUUCAGUACAUGGCUUUUAUCUAAUUUGUUACAUAACGGAUUCAUCCUCUGCUGGGAGUAUUUUAAUGUAAAGAGUAUUUCAUGGACUGAAACAGAAAUGACAUUUACACUCACUAGCCUCUUGAUUAGGUACAGCAUAGUGGUCACAGUGGUGUUGUACUGGACUACGUUAUAUUCACAGGUGUUCCUAAUACUCUGAGCCUCUCGUGUACUGUAUGUGCUGAAGCUGGGGAGGAUAAAAAUAUAGAGAACCCUCUGAAUAUAAUGUAAUCCAGUACAACACCCCCUUUAAUUAUGACCUCAAUAAUGGACAUAUUUGAAUUUAUACAUGUGACAAUUUUGCCAAAAACAUUUUGAGCUUCAUAAGCACAGAUGUUAAGGGGGACAUGUUGCACUGAAGUUCAUACAAUUCAACAGUUGCGACUAUUAAUGUGGCUGGUGAGUGUAUAUUAAACAGAGAUGCCACUUAACUUUUAUGCUGUUUUAUCCUUCUUUUUUUUUUACCUCCCAAUUUAUAUUGUUAUGCUGCUUCUAUUGUACACAUUAUAACAAAUGAUAAACUA